AUGAGCCUCGCGAUCGGCAGUGAGAUGUGUUUCUCGUUCUUCAAGUGUCUUCUGAGACUGGGCAUUUGCUAUCCAAACCCUCUGAGGAGCUCAGGCGGGAUUCCCUAUCGGUGGAAGUCUCAGACUCACGCGAUACUACAUUCGCUUCGCGAUCGGCAGUGUGACGUGCUUCUCAUUCUGCAAGUGCCUCUUGAGACCGGGCAUUUGCUAUCCAAUCCCUCUGAGGAGCUCAGGCGGGAUUCCCUAUCAGUGGAAGUCUCAGACUCACGCGAUAGAGAGGUUUUUUUUUCCACAGGAGAAAAUCGCUGGAUCCCCACCCGCACGUGCGUAUGUGGGAGUCGAACCUCACUAAACUCCUGCCGCUCACAGCCGGGGCUCUACCCCGAACCGGGUGGGAACACAGUCGGAGCUAUUGAAACGGCGGCACAGGGUUUACGUAGAGCAUAUUACACCCAUCCCGCCGUCCCCCAGACGCCGAACCGUUCCCUCGGUCGACAGGCCAAGAGCCCGUUCCUCCCCGCACAAAACGGGUGGUGCCUGAAGCUCUUCGGGGGCCGGAUUACGGACGGGACCCCGGUCCUGAUCCCCUGCUCGGCGGCGGCGGAUUUCUGCGUAGUGAGGAGAGCUUUGCCUCACCCGCCCCGCCGCCUACUUCUGCGAGAUGGUACACUCGCAGAAGUCAAGCAUAGCCUUCCAAGACACGUCGCUGCCAAGCAUCGACACCACGACGCCAGGCAGCGACAAGUCCGGUCCUAUCUUUGUGACAAGGAUACGGCGCUGCAUCUCCCAAGCGAGGCAGACAGUGAGCGUAUGCUCCGCCGUGUCCAGGUCGUGUCCACAAUGGUGGCACCUCGUCGGCGGCUCAGCUCCUAUCUAGUGCAGGUACUUCCCGAAGCAUUCGUGCCCAGUCAGCACCUGCACCAGACAGAAGGUGAGUCGUCCUCGGCCACGAUUUACCCAGUCAUCAAAAACCGGGUAAACCGCCUCGACGAAAUAUCAAAUGAGAUAUAUUUUGUGCUAUGCACUUUACAGGUUAAAUUUCCUGGUUUGAUUGGUCCAUUAAAUGAAAGAUUAAUCUGCAAAAUUAAGUGCAUCGAUGGGAACUGGGUAGGACCGCUUUGCGCUAGUACUCCGGGUAAUGUAUACUUUAAAUUCAAUCGUGGACGUUUGUUGAGUACGUAUUUCAUUAGAAACGGUGCAUCGCUCAAUACGAAUGCACCGGACGACUUAUCGACGACGACAUUAAAAAAAAGUCUUCAUGAAAUGUUCUUUCAGAAAGAAACUAGUUUUCCACAUGGCUCUUCAAUAGUGGCAAGGUGUAUACAUUUCGGUUUUUAUAAGCUGAAAGGAGAUAACACAAUGCACUGUGAGAAUGGGGAGUGGGUGCCAAAGUUUCCAGAAUGCGUUCCGACCAGUGUCAUCACUAAUUUUACAGGCGACGCUCCACCCACUAUACAGUACGCAAUUAUAAGUGGUUCAGCAGUUGUAGAACCCACAGGAGAAUUGUUCGUUUUCCCUGACAGUACUCUACGUCUAGACUGUGUUACUCCAAGAGCUUUAGGCAACCCGGAAUGGAGUUGGACGCAAGCCCUUGGAAAUUACGAAACCGGCUGGUCAUCGGACGAAGGCGAGAAGUAUACCCAUUACAGACUGACGCUGUCAAAGAUGUCCGCGCGUCAUAGUGACACGUACACUUGUGCCACUCCAACGGGACACACCAAUACAGUGAUCGUUAAAGUUGUUAAUGUAGUUUGUCCAACAAUAAACGUGUCUUCGCCUCGGCUACGUCAGUUUACACAAGGAACUAGACUUGGUCAUUCGGCCCACUUUAGUUGUCAAUCUGGUUUUCAUCUUAAUGGCUCUGCAAUUUUGACUUGUAUGGGAAACGGUCAUUGGUCAACCAGCCUUCCGACAUGCCUGGAAACUUUCUGUCCCAUGUUGAAGUCUUUAGGUCCUCACUUAAGUUUCGUUGAAUAUAAUUCGUCAUUUGGGGGUCGUGCCGUAUUUCAGUGUGCCUGGGGCUACAGGCUUGUGGGUUCACCAGGUUUGGAAUGUGAACAUGACGGUCAGUGGUCUGGAGAGGUGCCAAUUUGUUCACCAAUCUAUUGCCCUGAUCCAUUAGUCCCAGAAAAGGGACGUCUGCUAAUAGAGCCAUCUUCAAAGCACGGCAAAUAUACUGUUGGGGACCUUAUGAUAUAUGAUUGCGAAGACGGUUACGACAUUGUCGGAGAGUCUUCUAUAGUCUGUACUGAAAACGGAUAUUGGUCACAUCCCCCACCUUUCUGCCUACUCCCUUCGGUGAUCAAAAAGGCUGAUACUAUAUUUAUUGAGAAUAUAACAUUAGUUCAUGUCGAAGAAUAA